AUGUCGCAGCCGGCAUGGGAGAACAUCGGCGUCGUCCAGGGCGGCAUCAUCCCUGUCCUGUACCAGCAGGUCAAGUGCUCGCGCAGCGGCGGUGUGCGCUUCAACAUCGCCGGCUCCAACUACUUCCUGCUCGUCAGCAUCCAGAACCUCGGCGGCAGCGGCUCAGUGGCAGCCGCUUGGGUCAAGGGCGAUAAGACGGGGUGGAUCCAGAUGUCUAGGAACUGGGGCGCUAAUUGGCAGGCUCUGUCGGGGCUCACCUGCCAGGCGCUCAGCUUCGCCGUCACUAGCACCGGCGGGCAGUACAUACAGUUCCUGAACGUGGCGCCGACGUGGUGGCAGUUCGGACAGACCUACUCCACCAAUCAGCAGUUUUACUACUGA